AUGGCAUCCUUAUUUAGGAGCGAGGAGCAAGCAAUUUAAGAAAUUAUAAAGCUUAUCCCUAACAAUAGCGAAGACAUAUCAAUUUUCGAUAUUUUGAAAGCUUACGAUACAUAUAUAGAGGAAAGUGGAAUUAGCUUUGAAGAUCCUUUUGCAUAUGAUGUUUAUGAAAUUAUCAUUCAUGCAUCUAGAAGAGCACAAGACAAUCAACUUAGGAGUUUGUUGACAAAUUACAAAGAAAUAUAAAAAUUAAAAAUGAAAUAAAACAGAAAAAAUUCUGGGUAUUCUGACAAUAGUGAUAACUCAGAGAAACCAUAUUCAAAGCAAAAGUUAGCCAAGUAAAAAAUAUCAAGCAAGUUCAGCAGUAAAAAUUAGUCACUUUCACCAACCAACUUUGGUGUGAAUAAUUAAAAAAAUGAUAGAAAAGAAUACAACAUAUAGUUUAAAAAUUUUGAUACCAGCUCAGGUGAAGAAAACGAUAAUAAUUUUGUAAAUAAAGAAAUAAAUGAAAUAUAAGAUAUUGAGCAUACUCCUAGCUCUCAAUAUGAAUAAUAAUAAGUGAGAGGAAGACUUGGAUAAUACCAACAAUUUGCAUCUAAAAUUAUUAAUUCAGGUUUGAAAAUGUCUAAUCCUUUUAAUGAUAAUUUAUAUAGAUAUGCAACAGAAUAAGCAGAUUAGCCUAAUCGUUAUAGCAUUAGAAAGUAUAGCUACUCUCCAAACAAUAAAAUGGAUAGUAAUAAUAAUCUAAAAAGGUCAGCAUCUCCUAUUUGUCAUCCUAAUAAUAGAAGCCUUUCACCUCACUUAAACAAUUCAAAACUCUCUAACUACCAAGCAAGAUUAAACACUAGUAAUUCUCACAAUAAUUCAUUUAAUAGUAGUGUUAAUUAGCAAUAGUCUUAAAGAGUAAGAUUUAAUACACAGAAUGCUGAUGAAUAUGUCAAUAUUUAAAGCCCUUUAAAUUCAAUUAACAACUUUUAGGCCAACAGAUAGAUGAAAGGUAAUUUGGAGCAAAUAUAAUAAAGAAGAUUUAUCUAAGAAAAUUAGCACUAAACUCUCAAUAGAUCCAUUGAUAAUUCAGAUUUAAAUUCAAAGGUAAAUGGCAUAGAUAAUAAAAAAUAUUUAUCAUUAGAACCUAAAGAUUAUCAAUAAUAUUAAUUUAUGCCAGCUAAUCAUAAAAAAUAUUUAUCUCUUGAUUCAAGCACUAAACAAAUGCUUAAGUAUGAAAAUUAAGAUAACGAAAAAUAAAACUAAGAAAAUGUGUAGUACAAUUUUGAAAAUAGACACAGAAGUAUUGACGAAAUAGAGGAAGAUAUUGAUUUAGUUAGAAAUGAAAUGGCUCAAGGAUUAAGAAGAAAAUGGGUACUACAUUACCAUUUUGCAAACUGGAAAGAUUAUAUUUAAAGAUGGAAAGGAGCAACUGAAUACAUAAAUAAGGAGGAAUAAGUAGAAAAUUUUAUUAAAAUCAAGAUUUAAAGGAAAUUUUUCGAAAAAUGGGAAUAAUAUGUAUAAGAAGAAAAUACUUGGAAAGAAGCAAAAUUAAAUUUUGUUAUGAAAAAAAGAUAGAAUAUUUUAAGAAAAUGCUUCAAUGAAUUAAGAGAUAGAUUAAAUGAUGGAAAAAUUGAUAAAUAUACUUAUUAUGCAGCAAAAUACAAAAAAGAAUAAGUUUUAAAGGAAAAGUACUUUUAAAAAUUUUUAUAGUUCUCCAGAAAUCAUAGAUCAAAUAGGUUAAAAUUGGAAAGGACACAAUAAACUGCCUAAAAUAACUUAAAAAAACUAGCUUUUAAUCAUUUAAAAUAGUUAAAAUCUGAAAAAAAAGAACGCCAGAUAAUAAAAGAUGAUAUUAAAAUGAAAUAAAGUCUGCUUGAAAAGAAAAUAUCAUUUGACAGAUUUAUUAAUAAUAUAAGAUCCAUUCUUUGUUUUAAGAAGAAAAAAGAAAUACUCAAUAAAGCUAUAGAAAUAUAGUUAAAAUAGCAUUCUCUUUUAUCUAUGAUAGAUAACUUUAGAAUCAUUAAGUAUUUCAAAAUUUAAGAUCAAAGAGCAAGUGAAUUUUAUAAUAAAAAUUUAUCAUCUAAGUUUUUCUAUCACUUGAAGUUAUUUUUAUUUAAUAACAGAGAAAGAGUUGAAAAUACAGAGAGCUAUAAUUAACUUAGAAUUAUAAAUAAGCAUCAUAAAUAAUGGCAAAAAUUUGUUUAACUGAAUAAAAGUAAAGAAUAAAAAUACAAAGAUGCGAGAAUUCUUUACUUUUUGUAUAGAAUGAUGAUUAUGAUAUUAAAUGAUAACGAUUACUAAAUUAGUCAGUAAAGAAAUAUUCAAUUUGAGGCUUUUAAAGAAUAAGUUUUAUACUUAUAAAAAAUGAAUUAAAUACUUAAUAAUUAGCAAUAAAAAGAAAAUUAUUAGUCUUUUGGUAAAGGAGAGAGCGAAGAUGAAUAAAUUGAUCCCACUCACUAAUCUAUGAUGCAAAACUCAAGUAGCAAUAAUAAUUUAAUGUCAAAUCAUAAAAAAUUACUGCCUAACUAAAAGAGUAAAAAUUAUUUAUUCUCUAGAAGCACUCAAGCAACAGCUAUGGGGAAUAAUGUUAAUCCAAAUCAAGUUUUUGAUACUGUUAGAUCCUUCUCUCCUGCCCCUGCAAGAUAACAUGAUAAUAAAACUUCUAGAAAUGAAAACCAUAAUCAAGAUUAAUAAUUCUUAUCAGAAAAUGACUAAAGCGAUAAUCAGCGUAUGCAAAGAAAUCUAUCUGAAUAAAAUUUUGUUUAUUAAACUCAAAGAUAGUCUUAGAGCAAUAUACUAAAAGUAUAUGAAAAUUAAGAGAUGAUGAAUGAGUAAUAAAUAAAUGAAGAAAUUGCAAUUUAAAUAAUAGGACAUGGAAUAUUUUUUACUUAUCCUAGUAUACUAUCUAUAAAUUAUUAUAACAAAACUCAAACAGAAAAAUUAUUUUAAUCUCAUAGAAAUUUAAAUCAAUUCAUUUUAAGUAAGUCUUUUAAGAAUUGGGUGACUUUCUUAAGAUCAAGAAAUGACUUUAGAAAGAAGAUGUUAAAUAAAAUUUAUUAAAAACAUUUUGAUGCCAUGAAAAUUUAUUCUACAAAAUCUUAAUGUUUAAGAUUUUGUGUUGAAAAAAUGCAGAAAAAGCUAAAUAAAAAGACUGUCGAAAAUGUUUUUAGAGAAAUGAGUUUAAGAGCUUAAGAGAGAAAAAAUUCAAGAAAUGGUUUUAAAAUAAUAAGAGAAAAGAUAGAGAAAAAAUUACUUUAAAAAUACUUUAAGAUUUAUAGAAGAGAAUUUUCUUCAUCACGUGGAUAUUCUGAAAACUAUGAAUAAGCUGGCAUUUAUUAUAAAAAAUGGCUUAUUGUUUAAUCUUUCCAAGCUAUCUAAAAUUAUGCAAAUAGAUAAAAAAUGGUAAGAGAUGUCAUUUCAACAAAAUUCUAAACUAAAAGCUAAAACUAAAUGAGUAGAAUAUUCUUUGCCUGGAGAAUUUAUUCUGAUAAAAGAAGAUAAAGAAACUUUAUAUAUUAACAAAUUAGAUAGAUAUAUGAAAAAAAGGUUUAUAAAGAAUGUUUAUUUGCAUUAGCAAAUUAUAGAGAUAAACACUCAAAGUCAACAAAGAAUAAAAAUAUUGUGAAAUCUUAUUUGUUUAACAAAUAUAUUGUGAACACUUUCUAAAAAAUACUAAAUUAUUCUAAAAGUCAUAAAAUAAAAAGUAUUUUGACUGAUAAAAUUAGAAUUGCAUAUAAGCAAAAGCUUAUGUAGAAUUAUCUCCAUAAACUUAAAGAUUAUAAAAAUUAUAGACAAAAGAAAGUAACUCUCCAAGCAAAAAAUACUGAGAAAGUAGAAAAAGUAUUUCAAAAAAAGCAUUUUAGGGCUUGGUACAAGCUAGGAUGUAGAAAUUAAAGCUUCCGUUACUUAGUUGAUUUAGUAAAAAGACUAUAAUUAAGUAGAUUUUUUGUUAUCAUGAAAUAUUUACGUUAAAGGGAUUUCUAAAAGCAAAAAAUUAUUAAAAGUGAUCAUCUAAUCUUCUUAAAAUUAACUAUUUUUAAUGCUUUUGUUAAGUAUUACAGAAAAAGAAAAUAUGAAAGAAAGAGUCUUGAAUAUAUAAAAUGUAGAUAACAAAUUAAUUAUGCCAAGUAAUCUAUGAAGUAAUGGAAGAAAUUGCAUUCAUACAAUAAAAAUGUAACAUAUUUAUGUGCAAAGUCAAUCAUAGCUAUCAAAAACGAAAUACUUUUAAAGUACUUUAAUAAACUUAAAUAAAAAUGGUUCUUAAAAUCAUAAGAAAACAAGUUUAUAAAGGAAAAUCAAAUUAAGAUGAAGAGAAAAAUCUUACUUGGAUUAAGAAAAUAUACAACUUAUAAAAUAAAUAACUAUGAAAACAUGAUAGCUAUCAAUGAAAAAAGAAAGAAAUAGAUUAAAUAAAACAUUCUAUAUAUUUGGCUCAGAAAGUUAUUUAAUAAAUAGCGUCAAGAAGACGUCUCUAGGGCUAUUAUUAAAUACAGAAAGCAUAAAGUACUUCAAACUUGGGCUGAUUUGUUUAACAUCAAAAAUAACCUACAUAAUCCAGUUAAAGUUUCUGAUUUUCAAGGAUUUAAGAGAUUAGAAGAAACAUAAGAAAUACAUAUCAUCACAACAAAUAGAGGCAAAAAAAGAAACUUAAGAUAGUUUUUCUUUAAUAUGUUGAAAUUAAAUUAAAAAAUUUUACAACAAAAAGUCUUUUCAUGUUUAAAAAACUUAAUUAAUAAAAGAAAAAUUGAGAAUAAAAAAUCAGAUUAAAUUUAAUUUAAAUGUGAAACUGAUUUAUUAACAAAGUACCUUCUGCAAUGGUAAAAAUCUAGUCAAAAGAAAAUAAAUAAGUAUAAUAUGAUAGUAAAAUUACGAAGUGUAUUUUAAAAGUAUUAAAAGAGGAUUGGGUUUGAAGCUAUUUAAGGAUAAGAAUAAAUUUAUUUGGAAUUAAUACAAAAAUCCAAAAAGGCUGUAACUUAAAGACAAAAAUCCAUUAAAAUGAAAAGUUUUAACAAGCUUAAAGCAUACUAUCUUAAGAAAAGAAAAAUAGCUAAGAGAAAGCUGGAACUUGAUGAACUUGUAUAGAGAAAUAACACUCUAAAUUUCUUUAAAAAGCUAAAGUUUUAUGCAUAUAAAAAGUAGGAAAAUAAAUAAAAGAAUGUAUAUAUUUAAGAUUAUUUAUACUUAAAUUUGCUUAAAAAGGUGUUUAAUAAGAUAAGAACAUACUAAAUAAUUAAGUAGACUUUAGCUUAAAAAUCUCUUAAACUUUAAUCUUACUUAAAUAAAAAGAAGCUUAGAAGAGGAUUUAAAUAAAUUUAAUAAAACUUUUCUGAAAGUAAAAGUGAUAUGUAAAAUACCAUUUAAUCAUUAAAGGCUUACAGAAUGAAUCUUCAGCUUAAAUCAUUCGCUGUUCUAAGAAAAUACAUGAAUAUUUAAAAAUUGAAAAGCUAAAAAUAUAAUAGUGCUUUUAAUAAAUAUUAUUUUAGUUUAGCUACAAGAAUAUUUGGAGCAUUAAAGACAUAUAUACUCAAUAAAAAUAUUGAAAAAGAUAAUCAUUUGUAUAUCCUUGAUUAAUAUCGUUAAAGAAAAUAAGUCGAAAUAAAGAAGGGAAUUUUGAUGGUUUGGAAAUACUACACUAAUUAAAGUAUAAAUCAAGUCUAGCAAUUUAGGUCUUGCAUUGAAGCUUCAGUUCUAAAAUCUAAGUUUGUUGAAUGGAAGAUUAAGACUCAUCUUCUCAAAGAUAAGAGAAUGAAAUAUAACAUUAUUAAAAAUUCUAAUAAUUAUAAGCUAAGAGCUAAGCUAUUCAAAUUAUGGUAGUAAAGGGCAAAGCUGAAUUUAGUCCUUACAAAUAUUUUUGUCUAUCAUGCAAAAAUAGAAAUUAAAAAAAGACUUUUAAAGUGGAAUCAAUCUAAAAACUUGUUGAAAAAAAUAGUGAACAAAUCUUAAUAACAAGUUAUUUCUAAACCUAGAUCAGCAGAUGAUAUUUAAAAAAUGAGAUAAGUAUUUUGCAUGAUCAAAGAAAUGGCUUAAAAUACACAUUCAAUUAAGAAGGAUUAAAAUUUAAGAUAAAAGUAAAUUAAUGACCAAAAUGUCUUUAAGUAGUUUACUUUGCAAUUUAAAGCUUCAUAAUUAGCAGAAAAAUUAAAUCAGCUAAGAUACUUCUCUUCUGCUCAAUAAUUUAUUUUUAAUCUAAAGCAAAUGUACAUUUAAAAAAAGUAGGACAAAGCUCUUGCUAAGAAAUCUGAAAGACUAAAUUCUCCUAAAUUCUAAAAAAACUAAAUCAAGAAUUCCAUGAUUUAGCAAACUCUUAAAGAACAAAAGUUAAAGGAUGAAUUUUAAAAGUUAAGUAAAUUAAUAAGCAGAAAGCAAAAAGAGUUACUCAGUGGUAGCUUGCUAAACUUAAAAGAUUUUGUUAACUACUAAAAUAAUAUUUAAAUUCAAGCUAAUUUACAUCAUGAUAGGUAGCUACAGUAAAAAACUUUCAAACUUUGGAAAAAGUUUGUUGAAAGUUCCAAGCAAUUUUCAAGUGUGCUAGGAUAGGUGUUAACUAAGGCUUUAAAAAGAUGCUAAUAAUAGAAAUUGAGAGAUGCUUUUAGAUAAAUAUAAAUCAGAUAUAUAAAAAUUAAAGCUGCUAAUAUAGUUUCUAGCUGUAUUGAUAGAUCAGUAAAGCGCUAAUACGCUUAAAAAUUAUUUGAACUUUACGAGUAAUUUAAAUCAAAAACACAAGUACUAAAAUAUUUAAUUGAAAACCAUUAAAUAAAAAUGAACACAUAAAGAGCAAUUUAGUUCUUUAACAUUCUAAAAAAUCUAAAAAUUCAAGCUGAACGCUCAAAGAUGAAGUGUAAAGAAUAUCUAUUCAUUAGAAGAAUAAAAUAAAUGAAAUCAGUCUUGACAAUAUUAUAAAUCUAUACUCAGUAUAGAAGAAACAAAAAUGACAGAUACUAAAAAGCUCAUUUAUUUUGGGAAAACAAAUCCAAAUAAAAAUACCUUUAUUUCUGGGCCAGAGCUUAUUAAAAUGCCUAACAAUAUGAGGAAUACUAAUAAGAUCAAUUCGAUUAGUAAGAAUUUUAUGAGUAACAAUAAAAAUUAGUUGAGAAUGAACUUAUGUAAUAAUUGGCUUUACACCAUCAGCAAUAAGUAAACUAAUAAGGAAACAUUUAGUAACUAACAAAAUAAGAGCAAGAAGAGUAGUUGCGUUAUCUUUAGCAAUAAUAUGAAAUUUUGAAGUAGCAGUAGCAGUAAAUGUUGUAAAAAUAAUAAUAAACUUAUCACCAAUAAAACUAACAACAAAAUUAAAGAUAUCUAAGUAAUUAAUCAGAAUAAUUUUAAUCUGAUGAGAACGAAUAUUAUAAUGAAGAACCAGUAACUUACAGUGAUGCAAAUUACAUAAAUAUACCUAUUAACUAUAAUCCUAAUUCCAAUUAUGAUUAAAAUAUUGGUAUUUAGUAAAAAAUAAAUUAAAUUUAGCAAGAGAAUAAAUAUGAUUAUCAAGACUAAGACAUGGCAGAUUUACUUUUUGACAAACCAAGAUAAUAUAUUCCCUAAUAGCAAAGACAGCAAAUUUAGAGUUAUGAAAACAUUUAAAAGCAAUCAAACAUAAUUCAAUAAGAACAUCUCAUUAUCAAAGAGCAAAGUGAGGAACAUGAGUCAGGUAAUGAUUCUUAAUUGUAAAAGUAUUUGAGAGAGUCCUAAUCUUAUAAUUAAGAGAAUUAAAAUGACUCUUAUUAAAAUGAUCAAGAAAAUAAAUCUUAAGAAAGAGAAAGUAAAAUAGAAUCAUAUUAAAUUUAAAGUUAAAAUGAGUCAUAUGAAUAAAUUCAUUCCUACUAACAGUAAGAUAAAGAUAUUCAUUAGCAUGAUCAUGAAUUAGUUUAAUAAAAUUAAAACUAAAGUUAAGGAUAAGAUUAACAUGAAGAAUAAUAAUACACAUUUAGCUAAGACGAAUAAAAAAGUUCAUCUAAUACAUCUAAAAAUAUUUUAAAUAAUAAUUAUGAACAAUAACAAUAAAAUUUAAGUAAUUAGUAAUAAAAUAUGAUAUAAUAAUAGUAAUUAAUUCAAUAACAGUAGUAGCAACUGUUAUAAUAGCUCUAGUAGGCUUAACAAUAAAAACAAAUAAACAUGAGCUUUGAGAAUAUUGAUUAAAAUUAAGCAGAUAAAUCUUAAGUAGAGGAUUAUAAGGAAGAUGAUUUUUAUAAUUAAGGCGAAUUUUUGGAAUAAUCUGAAGAAGAUUCUUAAGAAUAAACAAAUUUUAUGCUUUAACAAUAUUUAUUAUAGAAGCAAGAGUCAUUUGUUCAAAUGGUCUUCAAUGUUUGGCGCAAAUUUACUAUAGACAAAAAAAUUAAAAGAAAUUAAGAAGAAGAAGCUAUCGAAACAGCUUAUUAAGUUUAUGAAAAUAAUUUGAGCAGGAGAGUAUUUUUAGAGUGGAAAGAAGUAUGCUAAGAAAGAAUUAAUAUGAGCAAGUAACAAAUGAGAUCCUACUUAUAUGCUUGCUUUUCAAGCUGGAAAAUGUUUUCUAAGGAAAAAAAAUUACUAAAAAAAUAUUUAUCUGAAGCUGAGUUGGAUGAACAAUUAGCCUACACUCCUUAAACAACCGACAGGCUAAAUCUUCUUUUUAAUAAUAACGAUCCUAGAUCUUCUUAAUAAAAAUUUUAGAGAUCUGGGUCUUAUAAUAAUUUAGAAGGAUCUAACAAAACUUCCUCUGAUUCAUAAAAGAGUGUAUCGUUAGCAAGCGCACUCUUUACUGGAAAGCUCAAAAUUUAAGAUACUUCUAAUUUGGAUAAAAAUGCUCCUCAUUGA